GAGGAAGGGAGAGAGGAAGAGAUGGAGAGGGAAAGGGAUCUUUUCGGUGGUCCUCGACGUCGAGUACUGGAGUAAUCUGGAGGUUUAGAGGUGGAGGAGGAGACGAGCCGUGAAAGAAACGAUUUUUAUUUGUUUUAUUAUUAUGAUUCAUUUCUUUCUAUUUCUUUCCUCCUCCUUGUGUUUCCUAUAAAAAAGAGAUUUUUUUGGUAAACAUAGUGUCGGGGUUGGAGAGAUUUGAAUAGCUCGUGGAAUCGUGUGAGAGUUGGUUGUGUCUUCGUCCCUGUUCUGAGGGAUUCCGGUUGAAAGAUCUGUUCUUUGAAGAGAGAGAUUAAUAGGUCGAGAUCUUGUCAGAAUAGUACAGUUAGGAACGGAGGAGAAAAGGCCGUGCCUUUUGCUGUAGAUUUAGUGGAGAGAAGAGGAGGAAGUGAUGUACAGAUCACCGUCGUUGCCGGUGUCGAAGGAUCUCAAUCUCCCAUAUCCAAGCGCAGCUCCUUUCGACGGCCACCGGAAGCAGGAAUCCAGCUCCAACAUCAAUCCUUACGGUGGCCACCACCACCAGGAGGAGGAGGAACAGCAGCAGCAGCAGACGAGCUCCGGCCUCCUCCGCUAUCGAUCGGCCCCGAGCUCGAUGCUCGGAGAACUCUGCGACGACUUCCUUCCUGAGAGAACCUCGUGCCCUGAGACCGAGACCUUGUUCGCCAGAUUACUAGCCCCGGAUCUCCAGAUCCGCGACAAGCCUCCCGGUAGUGGCGGUGGUGCAGCCAUAAGCCAGAGGAGCCCUCAGUUCACGCCGCCCCAUCCGCCACCGGCAGCUUUCUCCUCGCAGAUCAUGUUUCACCAGCUGCAGAAGCAGCAACAUGUGAGCUCGAUGGCGAUGGAGACGGAGCAGAUUAAAAACGGAGACGCGGACAGCUCCUCCACCCACCCACGGCACAGCAGCUCUCCUGGUGGUCUCUUCUCUCACCUGAGCGUGGAGGAUGGAUAUCCUAUGCUGAGAGGGGUGGCUGGUUUCCGCAACGAGGAUGAAGCAGACAGGCUAAGGAACCAGAUAAGCUUCUCGUCGAGGCAAAACUCCAUGAUGUCGCAGAUCUCCGAGGUCAUCGGUGGCAGCAGCCCCGAAGAGAGCAGCGGAGGCAGGUGCUACAUGCCGGGAUUUCCAACAAACACUUGGGACACCUCCUCCUUGUUCUCGGGCAGAGACGACGGAGGGAAGACGACGACUGAUGCGCUUAAUCCUGCGGAGCUUCAGAUUGGAGAGGCGAGGAAUCAUGCCGCAGGAUACUUGGCGUUCCAGGAUGCUGUCCCCUGCAAGAUCCGAGCCAAGCGCGGCUGUGCAACUCAUCCUCGAAGUAUAGCCGAGAGGGUGAGGAGGACCAGAAUCAGCGAGAGGAUGAGGAAGCUGCAGGAACUCGUGCCGAACAUGGACAAGCAAACGAACACAGCCGACAUGUUAGAUUUGGCCAUCGGAUACAUCAAAGAUCUGCAGAAGCAAGUGAAGGUACUGCGUCUGCAAAGGUUUGCUGGUAUUGUAGUUCUUGUGAAUGUUAAUUGGAUUGUUUGUUGUUGUGGAAGACACUGGCGGACAGCCGGGAAAGCUGUGCCUGUUCAUCCGGGAAACAGCAGUCGCAUAGUUAGUGGUGGUUCAUUCAAUCAGAGCUCAACAAUGUUCUUGGCAAUGGCGGAUUCAGUUGGAGGGGAGAUCCACAAUGUUCUUGCCGAAAAUGGUAUGGGAAUCAUCGACAAGAGGAUGGAUACAGAAGGAGGAGCUUCUUUUUUUGGUAGACUUGUCUUGUGUUUCCUUUUUAUUGCCUUUUUAGCUGUGGAAGUUGUGGACGUACCUUCGGGCUGAAUCAAAGUACAACAUGAUUUCUUUCUC